AUGGUUGGUGGAAGAAAACAUCUCGAGCCGACAACAAAUACUUCCAGUUCUGAAUCAUACUUUCCUGACAGGAUUUAUAACAAUCUCCUUGAGGAUUAUAAUAACCUGAAGCAUGAUUCAGAAAUUUCCCUGGUAGAAGAAGAAACUGGCAUAGCAAAAAAGAUGACUAUGGUGGGAUUGUGGUGCAUUCAGAUAAAUCCUAGAGAUCGUCCUUCAAUGACAAAAGUAUUGGAAAUGUUUUCAGGAAAUACGGAAACAAUUCCAAUGCCUCCAAAACCUUUCUUUUUAUCUCCUUCUAUAAAGAGUGAUCAGAUUGAAAUGACCACUUCCACUGAUGGUGAUACCAGUGAGUUACCUCUCACAUAUUAUAGUCAUGAAGUUUACAAUUCAGAAAUUUGA